CAAAUCUUCUCGCCAAAAUCGGACAGUACAGCUGUUUUAAAAAAACUUUUUUUUAACAAGAACCUUAUUAAUACCAACAUUUUUUAAAUAGUUUUAAGUUUUGUUAUAGUUUUAAAGUAUAAGUUUAAUCUUGAUAACCUUUUUUCACAACCCUGACAUGUCUUGUCCUACCUGGCCGCCGCCGAAGACUCUGGGUAGCCCAGAGAGACCUGUUCCCCAGAUGUCCGACUCUGGACCAGCUGUCUACAGACAGCCCCCAAAGAAGGUCUCCUUGGGCACCCGGCCCAAGUAUAUGGUCCAUGACCAGAACAGGAGAGGAGGAGGAGGCGGAGGGGGAGGAAUGGCCACUAGGUACAUGGCUACCGGUCCCACAGCUGGGCCCAUUCAGCACCACCAAGAGGACCCAGGGUUUCACCCUAAAUCUAAUGACCACUACUACCAACCACCUCCCCAAGGGCUCAAAGACCAAUCCUUGAACCCUCACAUGGACCGCUACCAGCUGAUGCACCGGGGACCUCCUGAGAAGCCGAUUUUAUACCAUUCCGUCAUCGAUGAAGAGAUUGCCUUGCUCACCUGCAUGCUGGCCGAUCUGGACAGCAUUUCACAAAACAGCACACAGCUGAAUGAGAACGUGCCUUACAACACACACGUCACAGGGGACCGCUACAAACGCUCAGCCCAGCCAGGAGCACCCUCUCAGGGCAGGUUGUUCAGGGGUCUCCCCCCUCACCCCCAACCCCAGUACCGUCCUACACCCCCAUUCCCCAGAGUUCCCCUGUACAUCACCCAGCCAGACUACUCUGAUGCCCAGGUCUCAAAACCCUACCCCCAGCCUGUCCCUUCCUCCUACACUACAGCCUCCACCGCUACUGGCCCGAGGUUUAGCGUUCAGGACAAAACAGCCCAGCCUGUAACCUACUCCCAGACUGGUAGGCAAGCUGAGCAGGGUUACACCCCUCCCCCGCACCACCAGCACGCUUUGCAGCCCUCGCCCCAGAAUCAGACUGUCCCCCAUGGCUGGUACCCUUCCAACCCCGCUUCCCAAGCCCAGGAGCUGCACUCUGAGAGGGGUUACAAGGGGAGUGCCGCAGGGUCUGGAGGGAGAGUCACCCAGUGCCCCACAUCCAAUAGAGGCCCAGACACUAAAAAAUCAGGGUCACGCUCGGCACCAAGCUCCGCCUGUCAGCCCAGUAAGGGAACAGCAGCUUUGAGACCAGAGGAGGAGUUGGACCAGCUCACUAAGAAGUUGGUGUAUGACAUGAAUCAUCCCCCUACAGAAGAAUACUUUGAUCGCUGUGCGCGUUGCGGUGACAACGUCCUGCCCGACGUUAACAGCUGUAUCGCUAUGGAGCAGGUGUUCCACGUGAAGUGUCUCACUUGCGUCACCUGCCACGCCCAUCUCAGGUGGCAACUGUUCUAUGCCCUGGACAAGCAGAGCUACUGCGAGAGCUGUUACAUUAUUACCCUAGAGCGCUGCGCCAUGUGCUCCAAGACCUUCCGGGACCAAAUCCUAUCUUUCAUGGGCAGGACCUACCACCCGAGCUGCUUCAACUGCGUGGUCUGUGGCUGCUGCCUGGCUGGCGUGCCCUUCACCGUGGACGCCACCUACCAGAUUUACUGCCCAGACGACUUCCACAGGAUGUUUGCCCCUUGCUGCUCAGUGUGUGGCCAGGCCAUCAUGCCUGAGCCGGGCCAGGAUACUGCGGUCCGUGUAGUGGCGCUGGGCCGCAGCUUCCACGUCAAUUGCUAUAUGUGUGAGGAGUGUGGUCUGCUCCUGUUGGGUGAGGGGCGAGGCUGUUACCCCUUCGAUGGCCACAUCCUGUGUAGGGGCUGCAGCGCCUGGCGCAUCCAGGACCUCUCUGCCGAUAUCUCCACUGACUGUUAACCAACUAUAGGAAGUCACCUUUUACCUUUUGACCUAUGACCCCUCAACCCUUCCAUUACUUUCACCUGCUCUGGGGUAAAAGUUGCCCUAAGUAAUAGAUCUGGAAUCAGUCCUACUCCUCUUAUUCAUAACCUUAACCACAAGGGGGAAAUGUUAACCUGAAUUGAUCACUGUCUAAGGGCGACUUCAUCCCCCUUCACUUUCAUCCUUUUAUAGCCUUUCUUUAUUCUUCAGAUGCCCGAAGCUGAGGACUCUGUAGUAGUAGGCCUACUAUUGAACCUGAAAUUGACAGUCUUCAAUAUGAAGUCAUUAUUUAAUUUCACCUGACCAGGUUUAUUGGUACAGGAUUACAGGGUAUUUAUUGAAACAUGGAUUGACAAGUUUAACCCCUAUGCCUUAUCCUCAGCAUCAUCCUCAUCCUCUUACUGGAUAGAGCCCCUGAUCUGCACCCACCCCCUCCCAACCCCUUGACUGCUCAACUCACACACUAUCCUUCUUGUUGCACACUGUCUCACACACACUAUCCUUCUUAUUGCACACUGUCUCACACACACUAUCCUGCAUGCUGCUCUCUCUCUCACACACACACACACACUAUCCUGCCAGACCCAGGUGGGACAUGGAAGGAGCUCUAUGGAAAAUAAUGAUUGAUAUAUAUUGACGAUGUGGAGGAUCAUAAGUAGGAAAAUUAGGUGAUAUUGAGGAAGAGGAGGAUAAUGAGGAAUACAGUGUCUUCCUGGCUGUGGGGUAACUGACCAGUCCAGAUAAUGGAACGUAUAUAUUUUGUAUUCUACUAAAGUCAAUAACCGUGCUGAACUGCCUCAUAAGCAAAGUUCACAUAUGCAAGGUAUUUCUGUGACUGAGUUUAUAUUGCAGGUGGUUUUGGUUGUGGAGUGAAUGUAUGUGUUUGGAGAGUUUUUAGGAAGUAGACGUAAAGAAAUUGGUUAGAAGGAGAUCACUAAAGUCGAUGCUUAAUCGUUGGAUGUUAAUACAAUAUGUAGGCUGUCAUAAUGACAUCUUGCACCGUUUGUCAGAACAUAACAAUAUUUUAUUCCACUGGACAGCAAUUUGUGUACUGCUUUUUAGAUAAUGUUACUUGUAUACCAGUCCAAACCCCCUCUUUUAAAAUGUUAAUGUGGUUUUCAGAUGUUUUUGCUUUUUAACAUGUAGGUUGAUUUGAUACGUUACAAUGAAGAUGAAAAAGGUGCAAUGAAGUGUUUGCCCUUAAAUCACUGAGAAUCUGGGAUCUCCAUGCUUGCCGCAUGGGCUGAGAACAUCCUCUUAUGGGUUUUUGUUUAAGCUUAGCCUUAGGAGUUAGAUUUGUUGGCAAUGUUUAAGUAACUCUGACGUUGGAGUUAUUCCCAAAUGUUUGGCCAUUUAGUUUGUCUUGCUGUCCUCAUUUUGUCUUGAAAUAUAACAACUGCGAGAAUGGUUUAAUGGGUUUGAAGCUUCUCUAACUACAAGACCCUUAAAAUAUGUCCAGAAUCAUGUUUUGUUUAGGUAUGUGAUUCUUCUCAUAGUAUCGGUCAAUGAGCACAAUUAUAUGAAGGUCUGUUUUAAGUCCUAUGAGUUACAUUUUUCACUUAUUUAUUUCAACUCAUCUUGUACUGCUACUGUCACCAAGCCGAUGUUAAUCUGUGAUAUUGAGAUUAAUGGUCAUCACUGUGUAAAUGCUUUACGUUCCACAGCAUCCUAUUGAUAAGUACUGCAGAAUAAUCAGAUUUGUCUAUGAGAGGAAUAGACUGAGCAGGUGGUUUGUACAAUUUGACUCGAGUUUGAAGUAGGUGUGAAUGAUUAGCUCC